AUGUCAUCGUUCUUCCGCCGUCCUCCCCAGAAUACGUGGUCUGACCACUUACUUCUGAAACUGGCCAAUAUCGCCGGAGCUCUUUUCGUUAUGGGAGCAAAUGGGUACACAGUUGUUUCUCCCCUGGAUGUCUACUACACCGGUAAAGAGACGUACUUUACCCCUGCCCCUUGGGCAUUCUUCCUUUGGCCUCUCAUUCACUUGUUGGCUCUUGGAACAUGCAUCUACCAGUUCUCUGGACGGGGUAAGGAGGUCAUUGUGGACACCAUAGGCUGGAAUCUCCCACUUCUUGCUUUCUUAAAUGUCAUGUACAUUUAUUCCUGGACCAACCAAGAGUACAAAUAUGCUUUUGUUUUCAUAAUCUUUACUGGCUCAGUUGUAUCGAAAAUUUACCAGCUUGUGAAAGCAAGCACCGUACGCAACAUCUGCGACGAACUCUUCCUGCACCUUCCAUUCUCCCUCUACCACGGCUGGACUACAUCCUUGAUCUUCAGCACCGCCUUUGAGGCUUUUGGUGUGAAUGCAGAAACUGAGCCGGCGAAGACCUGGACCAAAGUUUUCGUCUUCCUUAGCCUGUUCACCCUCCAGACAAUUGCAUCCGCUUAUGCGUACGCGUCCACAGAGGGCGACCUUCCUGGAUGCCUUGCAGUCUCCUGGUUCCUAUGGGCUGUCUUUGUACAUCAAACGCCGGAAAAGUCUCCAUUCGUGCACUGGUGUGCGCUUGGAGCUGCCAUCCUGUCGUUGUGCUGGCUCAUGCGGAGUGCAAUCGGGUUGGAACUCAAGAUCAGAAACAGAGCCAAUAACAACAACGCGGCAAGGUUUGGGUUCAGUGGUAAUGACCACGAGGGCUCUCGACUUCUGGGUGGGCACUAA